UUUCAUUCAGUUUUUGAAAACCCCACAUCAAAUGUUUUUAAUCUGAGUCAUAGGUGUUUUCUAUGUAUUUAAGUAUUCAUAAAUAUUUAUAUAUUAUAUGUAUCGUUGUCUAAGUACCCUCAACACAAGCCUUAUUUAGCUUACUGUGGGACUUAGUCAAUUUGUGUAGGGGCAAGUGCUCAACCUGUGGACACUUUUACUUAAUCUUUUAUUUAUUAAUAUUAUGAUGAAAUUCUAUUGAUUCUUAAAAUGAAUAAGUUUUGUGAAUAUGUGCCUAAAUCAUUUCUUAUGGUCACUUUACACAUACUUUCGUGUGACUGUUUUCGCAAGUUCAAUAUUGUGCACAAUAAAGUCAUUAUCAAAGUAAUGAGUCUCGAUGUUUGAAAACAGUUGUCUACCAACAUAACGUUAAAACGUUAUUUACAGUACAUAUGGUGCUACUUUAUAGCACUAGUACGAAAAUUAGCAUAUUACGUUACUGUGUCGAACAUUUAAAGGGCCAUAUGUACUGUAAAACGUUGUACGAUACAUGUGCGAAUAGGUAAUUCGCAACUCAUGUCAAUUUAAAACACUCCCUUCGGUCGUGUUUUAAUUUAUCGCCACUCAUUUCGAAUUUCCUAUUUUUCGCACUUGUAUCGUAAUGUACUAUUGUAACCCAUUGCGGUGUACAAGUUUGUCAUGAGUUAAGUGCUUCUGGAUUUCCUGUUCGCAAAGACGACAUAAAUCAAUAACUUCAUUCGAUGCAUACAUUCAAUCCAAUUAUUUAUUUGUAUCGAAUCUAGGGAGAUCCAUAUAGUGUUAGUACAGUACAGCGAAUCUUAAAAUUAAUUGAGGUUAUUGGCAUAUACGUACGCACGCACGCACGCACGCACGCACGCACGCACGCACGCACGCACGCACGCACGCACGCACGCACGCACGCACGCACGCACGCACGCACGCGCACACACACACACACACACACACACACACACACACACAAUGUGCCCACCGGGAUUCGAACCCAGCACCAUCGGCUUCAUAGUUCAUAGUUACCUACUAGGUCGGCCGGUCGUCAAACUAAGGAAUAAUAAAUUUUCUAACAGUUUAUCGUUCAAUUUUCUUUAUUUAUGUAUUAUCAACGCAAAUGAGAUGUUAUACCGAAACAAAUAUUUAGAAAUUCAUCUUUAAAAAUUACUCUAAAUUAGAUCUAGUAACAUGAAGUGGUAUCCCUUUCAAAUUGACAAUAUUUGUUAGUUUUUUGCAAAGUUAGUGCAUUAUUUGAUAAUAUUUAGAUGUAAUAGUACUUACAGAUGAAAAGAAACUUUAUCUUUUUUGUAGUCUAGAGUUUUCGGAUCUGUUUUUGCACGAGAACACCCUGCAUUCGGCAUUUUCAGCUCCUGUAAUUCCGCUUACACUGACGUUUGCUGAAUGGCACAUGACGUGCGGCAACUAGUUUUAUAUAACCUCUAUGACCGGCGGCCGGGGUUUUUUGGCAGAGGGGAACGCCUGUUAAUAGCCGGUCCAUACUGGUUUACUCGUCUAAGACAUUGGCACAUCAAUAUCAUGAUUUUACAUUAUCUAUGUACACAUUUGUCGACUGUCGACAGAUCCAUUAGAAGUUCUUAAAUUUAUGUUUCAAUGGAAAGCAAUUUUUUUGUCAAAACAGCAUUACACCAAAGUAUGUAGGUAUUAGCUAUUAUCACAUAAUAAUUUCAUACUGAGCUAGCAACCUGAAAUAGAUAUAUUGUAUAAUAGGGGAAAGUAGACCAUCUUAAAUAUUUCACCCUCCAGUUAUCUUAGUCCCAUUUUUCCGUCUACAAUAUAAAUUUAUUUUUUUGUUAUAAUUACAGAUACUUCAUGUGGCUCAUUGGAUGCUCGCUGUCUUCUUUGUUUGUAUUUUACUGUUUAUAGGUAUAUAUGAUGCCAAUAAUGCGGGGUUUAAAACAGUAUCGCUUACAUCUACGCCUGCACUUGAGACAAAAAUGGGUCUCGACUUAGAUUUUCUAGCAGAGUCAAUGACUACUCCUCCCAUACUUCAUAUACUGACGUCACGGAGCAAGGAAGAGGUCAAGUUAAGUACUGACAGCGCUUUAAUAAUAACGUCUAACACAUUUUUUUAUUUAUUUCGUGCAUUCGUCGUGGACAAGUUAUUGAGAUAUUGUGUAUAUAUUACCAAAGUGCAACUUCAUCUAGUUUAUUCGGAUUCCAGUAUUUUCUUACUAUGGCCGAUAUUUUUUACUUCCCUUUACCUGGACAGUAUUGUAACUAUCCCGUUUUCUAUUUUGAUUUUCGUCGUGGACUAUUUUACGUUUGUAAUCACUUAUCAAUGCCUGAUUGAGGUUAUAGUUUGUGAAUGGCAAGUACUUAAACGAUGGCACGGAGCAGUAAUAUUGUAUAUUUUAGCUAAUGUACAUCAGCAACAAUGGUUUACAAUAAACAAUUGGCUCAUAGCAUACGGGAUUCGUUCAGCUACAUUUACUGAAUUAUUAAUAAUAACCUUCUUAUACCCCUUGAGUAGACUCGUGGAGGAUACAACGUUCCAUAAUGGGAUUGCACCUUCUUUUGUUGCUGUUAUAAGCUUACGACUCGUGUGCUUACUUUAUAUUGUGAAGUUUUUACGCUCCUCAUCACUUUUCGGAAUUUUUUUACCAUCAAAAUGGAAAACAGGAAUAACUUAUGCAUUAGUUUUAAUUCUGACAGCUGGAUUACUAGUUAAAUUAUAUGACAUUGUCGUAAUUAAAAAGAAGAAUUGGAAGCUGAUUUUUGUCCCCGUCAAAGAAUGGGGUCCGUUUGAUUUGUCUUUGAGGUUAUUAAGAAAAAAAUAUGAUUCCUCAAAAUAUAUUCAGUCACAAGCGCCAAGAGAUUUGAGUAGAUAUUUAAUCCAAAAAGCUGAACCGAAUUCAUAUAAGCUCGACCUGCGUUACGGACUACCACCUAAAUCAAUGUUGUAUGUGCGUCCAUGAAACAGUACAAGUAACCGAAUAAAAAAAGUUUAAGUGUC